CGUCACAGCCCCCCCAUCGCGUUUCCAUCUUAAAUCCUAUUUGCUAUUGUACCUGCCCAAUAGCAGAGAGCGCCAGCGCGCUUUAAGUCAGAUGGCAUUUCCACUGCGCGUCAUUACAAUACAACCAGAGUUUGGUGCAGGGAUCCCUGGCUUUUUCCAGUCCAGAUCAUCCUCUGGAGAGGCCUGGACUCAACAUCUUUUUUUUCUUUGUAUUUUCACCACAUCUGCAUACUUUUUUUCUCUUCAAAAUUGAUUUUCUGCCUCUAAAAGUUUUUAAUGGUUAUUCAGAUUGGACAAUAAGCGGUGAUGGCAGAAUCUGACACUCAGGAGACUCGCCAAGCCGCAAAGGAUUCACCUUUCUCCAUAAAGAACCUGCUCAACAUCGAGGACAAGCCAGUGAAGCCCACCCUCCCACUGGGGUCUUCCAAAGGAGUUUUUGAAGGCAGCUUUUUCUCCAGACUCAGUGAGCUGUCUCUGCCUCGGUUAGAGUUGCCCGGCCAAAGGAUCGGACUGUCGGCUCAGUAUUUGGAGAGAGCGUCUGCGUGGUGGUAUCCAUACACUCUGGGAGCGCAUUUUAGGACUGCUUCAGUUCCAGAAAAGACCAACCAGAGGGAGGAGGAUAUUCGCAGCCCGGAUCUCCAAAAAAAUAACCAAGAUAAAGAGGAGAGCGCCGAUGAUGACCUGGCUCUGGAUGAGAGCGACGCCGAUGAAUCCAAGAAGGAAACCGACCAGGAGGAGGACUGGAGGAGAAAAACAGACGAGCUGGACUCAGACAAGAAGCCCUGCAGGAAGAAAAAGACGCGCACCGUGUUCUCCAGGAGCCAGGUCUUCCAGCUGGAGUCCACCUUCGACAUCAAACGCUACCUGAGCAGCUCGGAGCGGGCCGGCCUGGCCGCGUCUCUGCACCUCACCGAGACGCAGGUGAAGAUCUGGUUCCAGAACCGGAGGAACAAGUGGAAGAGGCAGCUGGCCGCCGAGCUGGAAGCGGCCAACAUGAGCCACGCCGCGGCGCAGAGGAUCGUACGGGUGCCGAUACUUUACCAUGAAAGCGGGGCCUCGGACGCGAGCGCGAGCCCCGGUACGAACUCAUCCGGCAGCCAGUCCCUGCUGGCUUUCCCCCAUCACAUGUACUAUUCCCACCAUCCCAGCCCGCUGCUCAGGCCCGUUUAACCAAGGAGCUGCUUCUCAAUGAGAAAAAUGGAAGUUUGUAUAUUAUUAUUAUUAUUAGACCAAAAACAUUAUUUCCUCUGGAUCUCAAAAAUAAUGCUUCUAUUUUAAAUGUUUGUUUUUUUAGUGGUGAGGUUUGAGCAUAAGCUUGUUUAAAACAGGAUAAUCUGUAUAUUCAAAAAAAAAUUACGUCAGUGUUUUGUGCAAAGAACUGUGCAAAUAUUUUCAGCUCUUUAAAUCGUGCAAUAAUGUUGGCUUUUCCGCCUUUUGUUUCACCUAAACCUCCUUUUAUAAAGCGAAACAAGUCUGUUUUGUUUGGUUAUAGUGAGGACAAUCCUGUGAUUCUGAAGAGAAUACCUGAAAACUGUACAAAAACAGUGAUCUGUUGUUCCUUUUUUCAGUUCUC